GCCCGCGCCAUCUUGGCUUCAGAUCGAGCGUAGGGAGUGCGCGGCCGCGGCGGUGAGAGCCGGAGCCCUGCGGGGCAGGGGCGCCUGGAGCAGGGCAGCAAGGCGGACACGACAGCAGGCUGGAUGGAGCACUACCGGAAAGCUGGCUCUGUGGAACUCCCCGCACCUUCCCCGAUGCCCCAGCUGCCUCCUGAUACCCUGGAGAUGCGGGUCCGAGCUGGCAGCAAGAUCCGCAACCUCUUGGGCUUGGCGCUGGAGCGGCUGGAGGGCGGCAGCGCUCGCCACGUGGUAUUCUCAGGCUCUGGCCGCGCUGCAGGCAAGGCUGUCAGCUGUGCUGAGAUUGUCAAACGGCGGGUACCAGGCUUGUACCAGCUUACCAAGCUGCGCUUCCUGCAGACGGAGGACAGCUGGGUGCCUACCUCACCUGACACCGGUCUGGAUCCCCUCACGGUCCGCAGCCAUGUGCCUGCAGUGUGGGUGCUGCUGAGUCGAGACCCCCUGGACCCCAAUGAGUAUGGCUACCAGCCCCCUGGGGCACCCCCUGACCUCGGGCCCACACCUGCCUCCAGCUGUGGCCCUCAGCCUAGAAGAAGGGCUCGAGAUACUCGGUUCUGAGGACCUGUGGGCAAGCUGUUGUCUAGACUGUCUAGGGUGGCUGUACCUUUGAGAAGCCUCUAACUGCUCAAGGUCUCCAACAAGACUUGAGUUUACGAAAGUGGGCCUCCCUGUCCUGCUUCCCCUUCCCUCUGGCUCCUGGAAAGGGACUUUUGUGAAGAGUGACAGGUGUGGAAUCUCUGCCAGGUUCUAGAUUGCUUAAAAAGCAACAUCCUAAGUCAGUGUGUAGGUCAACUUGCCACAGCAUAAAUAAAAUAAAAUAUUAUGUAGAGAAAGAAGAAGGGUUACUCUGCCUUCUACAUACAGUGCCUCUCAUCUGUCUUCUGACAGAGAUCCAAGGAGUGAGUUAGGAAAUAAAGGCUCUAUUUGUCUGAUGAACCUC